CGCAGUCGGGAUCUAUGCCGGAAUUUUGACACUUCGCUACGAGCUUUUUUGGUGGACGCGUGGACGACGAUUUUUUUUUUUUCGUUAUCUUGGCAGCAUAUGAGGUUUCCAGCGUCUUCGUAGCGGAGGGAUGGCGAUAGCAGCCGGGGCGGUAAACUAUCCACAGUUGUUCUCGGCAGUGGACAGUGCGAAGAACAGCUCAAGGCCUUGCUUGCGCUCUGGGUUUUUGGGAGCUUGCGGAAGUUUUACAAGCCAUCCGGGACGAACCAAGCUUGCUUGUAGCUCCCCAUCUCAGGCAGCAGCUGUUGCUUCCUGGGAUUUUGGACGAUUUCUGAAGACUGUCUUCUUUUUCAACGAGCCGUCUUUCCCAAAGCUGGUGCAAUCCAUCACGGAAAGGUUUACGAAGUCUCGAGAAGCAGUGCCAAUGGCAGCCAGCAAAGCAAAGAACGGAGAUUUAGUUCUUGUCACCGGUGCAACUGGAGGCGUUGGGAAGAGAGUGGUGGAUGUCCUGAGAAAAAAAGGCAUUCCUGUUCGUGUCCUGGUCAGGAAUACCGAGAAGGCUAGAACUUUACUGGGACCAGACACAGAUAUUGUGACUGGAGAUGUAACGAAGAAAGCUACACUGCUACCUCACUACUUUCAUGGAGUGAAGAAAGUGAUAAGCGCGGCCUCGGUUAUUGUAGGACCCAAGGAGGGAGAUACACCGGAUAGGCAAAAGUACUCUCAGGGCAUAAAGUUUUUUAUGCCAGAGAUUAAAGGCGAUCCACCAGAAGCAGUGGAAUACCAGGGAAUGAAAAACUUGAUUGAUGCUGUAAAAGAUCAUGUUGGACUGCUGCAAGGAAGGCUUUUGAUUGGCUUCUAUGAGAAUGGCAUUCCUUUCGGGCCCGCGUGGGGAUCUUUGGACGAUGUUGUUAUGGGCGGUGUGAGCGAAAGUUUUCUGCAAGUUGGCCGAGAGGGAGAUGAGCCAGUUGGGAUCUUCAGAGGAGUUGUCUCGACUGCAAACAAUGGAGGCUUUGCGAGCAUAAGAACAAAGAACUUUGAUCCAGUGCUGGACUUGUCCGCGUACGACGGCCUGGAGCUCCGGCUCAAAGGAAACGGCCAAAGAUUGAAGCUGAUUGUCCGCGUUUCCAAAGAUUGGGACGGAACCGGAUACACUGCGAGCUUUGACACACAGAAGAACUCUUGGACACAGGUUCGGGUCCCAUUUUCAAGCUUCGUGCCAGUUUUUCGAGCACGAACUGUCCAAGACGCUCCACCGUUUGACGUCUCGAGCAUCGCUUCGCUACAGCUCAUGUACAGCAAGUUCGAGUACGAUGGCAGGCUUAAUCCAACGUUUGAACCAGGUUCGUUUGCGAUUCCAAUCGCAAGCAUCAAAGCUUAUCUCAGUGAGCCUGUUACACCGAGGCUUGUUCACGUAAGUUCUGCUGGCGUUACGAGACCGGACAGACCAGGAUUGGAUCUAAGUAAGCAGCCACCAGCAGUCCGGCUCAAUAAAGAGCUUGGAGACAUACUCACUUACAAACUCAAGGGAGAGGAUCUUAUACGAGAGAGUGGGGUGCCUUUCACGAUCGUCAGACCCUGUGCGCUUACAGAAGAGCCAGCAGGAGCAGAGCUACAGUUUGAUCAGGGAGACAACAUCACAGGAAAGAUUUCGCGAGAAGAAGUUGCACGGAUUUGCGUGGCUGCUCUGGAAUCUCCCGCAGCUUGCAAUGUGACAUUCGAGGUGAAGAGCACGGUUCCUUUCAGUGAACCCUUCUCCAUCGAUCCCAGCAAUCCUCCUGCCGAGAAAAACUACGAAGAAAACUUUAAGAAUCUCAAGCAAGGAAUCACUGGCAAGACGGAGCCAGUUCCAGAGGCCUACGCGGCUUCAAAGUAGAGAUUCAAAAAAUUUAAAAUAAAGGAUUAGGGCUUGCGUGACAAA